CUUGGCUUUCUGGUUUUAACCCUCUCCUCUUUCAACCUGAACCUUGCAGACCCCCCUUUAAAAAAAAAUCCCACCCCUCUUUCCAACCCCUUGCUUCCCUCCAUCCAUCCCAUUUACUUCAUCACCUCCUCCUCCUCCUCCUCCCAGGACGCGUCGGAGGAUCCGGGCAACAGCUCCAGGCACCAGAAGCACCAGGGAGACCACCUUUUCCUCUUCCUCCUCUUCCUCUUCUCUUGGGCUGGAUACAUUGUAGCAAGGGGAAGCCAAGCCCGGUGGCCCUGGGUGUUAUUUUGUAUUAAAAUGAGGAGGAAGAGGAGGAGGAGGAAGAGGAAAAGGGAGGAAGGAAGGAAGGAAGGAAAGAAGGAAGGAACAAGCAGCCAGCCAGCAAUAGAGGAGAGGAAGCGAGGAAAAGGACCUCGGCAGCAGCAGCAGCAGCAGCGGCAGGAGCAGGAGCAGGAGGAGGAGUGAUGAGUCAACUAAUAAUUUAAUGGGGACAGAGAGCGAGCAAAGCAAAAGCAAACGCCAAGCUGCGUCCGGGGGACACACACACACACUCAGACAACACACACACACACACACACAACAGCAGCUCUGUUAACAUCCAGCAACAAGCCAACAAAACACCGGCCUAAAUAGCAGCCCUAGCCAGCCGAGGGACAGCAAGGAAAUUUGAAAGCUCCCUGGAUUUAUUAUUAUUAUUGUUAUUGUUAUUAUUAUUAUUUUGUGUGUGGGGGGGUAACCUCAUUUCUCUUCCCCUCCUCCCCUUCCUUUUCAUCUCCUCUCUGUCGCCUCAUCCUUCUUUUCUCUCUCCCCCCCCCAACUCUUCGGAAGUAGAUUCUGUUAUUAUUUUGGUGACUUUGUUAUUAUUUAAUGCUCUCCUCUCAGCUUGGAGGGAUUUGUGCUUUUACUUUUCAUGCUGUGUUCCCUUCCGUUUCCUCUCUCUUUCUCUUUCUCUCCCUCCCUCUUUUCCCCCUCUCCCCCCCAAAAAGCAAUAUUUUGGGGUAAAUGAGGAAGGAGAGGUUCUUGGUAUUUCCCCCCCCAAAAAAGUAAACAAGGCAGUCGUGAAACUGAAUUUUAGUGCCUCUACUUGCAACUUUUUUCUACAGACGUUUUGUCUAGAUGGGUUUUGUUUUAUUAUUAUUAUUAUUAUUAUUAUUAUUAUUAUUUUGUAAUGUGUCUUUUCUGUGAAGGCUUUGUGCAGAAAGUUUGGGAUUAGUUGUUUGUUUUUUUCCUGGGGGAGGAAGAAGGCAUAUUUUUAGCUCUAUUUUUGUGCCUCUGUGCUCCGUCUUAUUAUAAAAUAAUUAUAAGAGAGGAGAUUUUUCUGCUUUGAAAAAAAAUAUUAGGCAGAAAAAGCUUUCUCUUCCCCCAGCCUUACUUUCUGCUUUGCACUUUUUUUUCUUUUUAGAAAACAAAAUCAAUGAAGAUUUAAAAAGGCUGCACUUCACUUUUACUCUUUUUUAUUAUUUUUAAAAUAAACUUUAUUAUUGUCGGCACUUCGCCACCUGCUUAAAUUAUUUGCCUGCCGAGUUUUCCAGUAUUGAAGACCUUAUCCUUUUUUCCCCUGCAUCUAUCUAUCUAUCUAUCUAUCUAUCUAUCUAUCUAUCUAUCUAUAAUUUCCUGGGGGGAGGGGGACAUGGCUGCUAUAUUUGGCCUAUGUCUUUCCCCCUCCCCCUCCUAGGAUUUCAUUUUGGGACAAAAGUAUCCUUCAGGCUUCCUAAAUUUUUCUUUUUGAGGGGAGGGGGGGCAAAGGACUUAGACACCAUCAGUUUUGAGCUGCUGCUGCUGCUGCUGCUGCUGCUUCAAGGGAUCGGUCUGCAAAGGAAAUCUCCUUUGAUUCUAUUAUUUAUAUGCUGUCAAGUUUUGAAGUGGUGAUCUUUAGAGGCGGGACUGAGUAUGGAUCAUUUGAACGAGACAACUCAGGGGAAAGAACAUUCAGAAAUGUCUAACAAUGUAAGUGAUCCGAAGGGUCCACCAGCCAAAAUUGCCCGCUUGGAGCAGAAUGGGAGCCCAUUAGGAAGAGGAAGACUUGGAAGUACAGGAUCUAAAAUUCAAGGAGUGCCUUUAAAACACUCUGGACACCUGAUGAAAACACAUACUAGAAAAGGAACCAUGCUUCCAGUUUUCUGUGUAGUGGAACAUUAUGAAAACUCCAUUGAGUACGAUUGCAAGGAAGAACAUGCAGAAUUUGUUUUAGUAAGGAAGGACAUGCUAUUCAACCAACUGAUUGAAAUGGCACUACUAUCUCUUGGAUAUUCUCAUAGCUCUGCUGCCCAAGCAAAAGGACUAAUCCAGGUUGGAAAAUGGAACCCAGUUCCCCUCUCUUAUGUAACAGAUGCUCCUGAUGCUACUGUAGCUGACAUGCUGCAGGAUGUUUAUCAUGUGGUCACACUGAAAAUCCAGUUGCACAGUUGCCCGAAACUAGAAGACUUGCCUCCUGAACAAUGGUCUCACACAACAGUAAGAAAUGCUCUGAAGGACUUACUGAAGGAUAUGAACCAGAGUUCAUUGGCCAAGGAAUGUCCCCUUUCACAGAGUAUGAUUUCUUCCAUUGUGAACAGCACUUACUAUGCAAACGUUUCAGCAGCAAAAUGUCAGGAAUUUGGGAGGUGGUAUAAACAUUUCAAGAAGGCAAAAGAUAUGAUGGCUGAAAUGGAUAGCCUUUCUGAACUAUCACAGCAAGGUACCAACCAUGUCAACUUUGGUCAUCAACCAGUCCCAGGGAACACAGCUGAGCAGCCUCCAUCUCCUGUUCAGCUUUCUCAUAGCAGUCAACCAUCUGUUCGGACCCCACUUCCAAACCUGCAUCCUGGACUUGUAUCUACUCCCAUUAGUCCUCAGUUGGUAAAUCAGCAGCUGGUAAUGGCCCAGUUGCUAAACCAGCAGUAUGCAGUGAACAGACUUCUAGCCCAACAGUCCUUAAACCAACAGUACUUGAACCAUCCUCCUCCCGUCAGCAGAUCUAUAAACAAGCCGUUGGAGCAGCAGGUCUCGACUAACACAGAGGUGUCUUCCGAUAUCUACCAGUGGGUGCGUGAUGAAUUGAAACGAGCAGGAAUCUCGCAGGCAGUUUUUGCACGUGUGGCAUUUAACAGAACUCAGGGCUUGCUCUCAGAAAUCCUGCGAAAAGAAGAAGACCCCAAGACGGCCUCACAGUCUCUACUGGUAAACCUUCGGGCUAUGCAGAAUUUCUUGCAGUUGCCAGAAGCAGAAAGAGAUAGAAUAUACCAAGACGAAAGGGAAAGAAGCUUGAAUGCAGCUUCUGCUAUGGGUCCCACACCCCUUAUAAGCACACCACCUAGCCGACCUUCACAAGUAAAACCAACUGCUAUUGCAACAGAAAGGAAUGGAAAACCAGAAAACAAUACAAUGAACAUUAAUGCUUCCAUUUAUGAUGAGAUCCAGCAAGAAAUGAAGCGAGCUAAAGUGUCUCAAGCAUUAUUUGCCAAGGUUGCAGCAACUAAAAGCCAGGGAUGGCUCUGUGAACUCUUGCGAUGGAAAGAAGAUCCUUCACCUGAGAACAGAACCCUGUGGGAGAAUCUGUCAAUGAUCCGGAGGUUCCUCAGUCUUCCUCAGCCUGAACGAGAUGCCAUUUACGAACAAGAAAGCAAUGCAGUUCAUCACCAUGGUGACAGGCCUUCCCACAUUAUCCAUGUUCCAACAGAACAGAUUCAGAGCCCCUCUCCCACCACCCUUGGGAAAGGAGAGCAUAGAGGCGCUUUCUUACCUGGCCUGCUGACCACUGGACCUUGGCUGGGUGCUGCUCCCCAGCAGCAACAGCAACAACAGCAGCAGCAGCAACAACAACAGCCACAGCAACAGCAGCCACAGCCACCACCAGGUCCCAGGUUACCCCCAAGGCAGCCAAUAGUAGCAUCACCAGCUGAAUCUGAGGAUGAAAAUCGUCAGAAGACCCGUCCAAGAACAAAAAUUUCUGUGGAAGCCCUGGGCAUUCUUCAGAGUUUUAUACAAGAUGUAGGCUUAUACCCAGAUGAAGAAGCAAUCCAGACUCUUUCAGCUCAACUUGACUUACCCAAGUACACCAUUAUCAAGUUCUUUCAGAAUCAGCGAUACUAUGUCAAGCACCAUGGAAAGCUGAAAGAUAACUCAGGCUUGGAAGUGGAUGUUGCAGAAUAUAAGGAAGAAGAGUUGCUGAAAGAUUUGGAAGAGAACAUCCAAGACAAAAGUACGGACACAAUUUUUUCAGUUAAAUUAGAAGAAGAAUUAUCGGUAGAAGGGAACACUGACAUUAAUACCGAAUUGAAAGACUAAUUGAAAGAGUAUUUAUUCAAUAGUGUCACUGCUAUUUACUAAUGAAAUGAAAAUUCCAUCCUGUGUUCUGUCAGCAAACUCUUUAUUCAUUGUUUGGCCAAUGAAUCUUCCAAAACUUGCACAAAAGUUGAGAAAAUUAAAGGAUAAUACAGACUGCACUAGAUAAUUUACAAACUGCUUCAGAACUACAGAUGAAGCAAUGAGGAUUGUUUCAUAUUAAUUUGUGUUCACUGGGUACAUCAAUAGGUAUCCAAUAAGCAUGAUUAUCUGUGGGUUGUUUUUUAAUUAACUAUUAUUAUUAUUAUUAUUAUUAUUAUUAUUAUUAUAGAGCUUUCAAACAAGCAUUACUUCUGUGAUUUAUUGUUUUGUUUUUGUUUCUUUUCCCAGUUAUUACUGUUAACACUCCACACUUGAUCUUUGAAAGCUCAUGUUUAUUUAAAUAAAGAAAAAAGAAGAGUUUGUUACUCUUGCUCUAUUGUAUGUUACAAAAGAACUAUAGACUGUGAGAUGCAGUUUAAAGUUAACAUAUGCCAACAAAUGCCUUGUAUUAUAUGGCACUGCCGUAACUCAGAUUUGUUUUCUUUUCAGAAAUAAGAGGUCACUGUAUCUUUUUCAUUUGCAUUGUUACAUGGGUUUUUUGAAAACAAAAUGUGAAACACAGUUUAUCCCCAUUAUUUAUUUGUAGAUCCUACGGCAUCAUGUUGUAAUUAAUUUUUUGAAGUUUCUGUUAAAUGUAAUAUUGCUUCUCUUGUUAUCAUACUGAUUUUUUUUCUAUUUAUAAAUGUAUUUUGAUGGGCAGUAAAACAAAGUGUCUUAAAAGUUUUAAAUAGAGAAAAUGUGCUUUACACAGUUGCCUAUAAAAAGUGCUCUAUGUUAUCCAAGCAAUUCAUACUAUAAGCUUCACUCUUAUUGUUGUAUGCAAUUUUUACUAUCAUGCAAAUAAGCUUAGGUAAAUAAAACUAAUAGAUCACCUUAGAAACUUAUGCAAUUAAUGUGAAAAUAAUUGAUGUUUGCAAUGUGUCUUCCUUUGGUUUACAAUCAAUUUUAAAGCUACAGCUGUAUAAAUUUUUCUGUAUAAAGGUGUAUUUCUUUUUUAUGAGUUUAUUGCUAUGAAAACACCAGUUAUUUUGUUACAGCUGGCUGUUUUUAUAAGUGUAUCACAAUUUUCUUUAUGCAGAAAUGUUCUGAUUAGGAGUGGUUAUUGACUGUAACUACACAAUUAAAAUUGUUUGUAUGGUAUGAUGUGA